AACCUUUUCACUCACAUUCUGUUUUACGCAUCAAACCGAAAGCAAACUCACAAUCACAAUCACAAAAUUCAAAUUACAAUAAGAAGCAGCAGCAUGUCAUCGUGGCUAGCUCGGUCCCUAACAAACUCCCUCCGAAUCGAUGACAACGACGUCGUAGCGGACCCUCCAGCUGUUUCUCCCACAAGCCAACCACAUGAACAUCAUGAUAAUGCGCAUGGAUCGGAACCAGAAGACGACGAAGACGAAGAGGAUCAAGGCCAAGGCCGUGGAGUCAAAGAGGAUCUUGAUGAAAUCAAACAAACCCUAACUCGUCAAUUCUGGGGAAUGGCUAGUUUCCUCGCUCCUCCUCCACCUUCCAAUUCCAACCCUUCAUCUCCCCCUUCUCACGACCUCUACCAAGACUCUAUUCCCGAUCAUUCUCGGCCCGAUUAUUCCGACGUCGACCAACCUGAUCCUGAACCCAUCGGAUCCGAUUUCGGAGGGAACCACCAACCUGAAUUGGAGGAAUACGCUCCUGAACGCGCCGUUGGGAUCACCGACGAGGUUUUGUCCUUCGCCUUCAAUAUCGCUAUGCAUCCCGAGACCUGGCUCGAUUUUCCUAUUGAUGAGGAAGACGAUCCUCAAGAUUUUGACAUGUCCGAUGCACAACAAGAGCAUGCGGUGGCAAUUGAGAGACUUAUUCCUAGAUUGAAUGCACUCAGAAUUGAACUGUGUCCUUGCCAUAUGAGUGAAAGUUACUUCUGGAAAGUCUAUUUUGUGCUUUUGCAUUCAAGGCUUAAUAAAGAAGAUGCUUCCAUUUUGUCUACACCGCAGGUGAUGGAAGCCAGGGCAAUGUGGAUGCAGGAGCUGCACAAACAAACAAAGCCUGAAUUUGAGUUUUCCAGAAUAAGAACUAUGUACUCAAAAGGCCCUGUUCGGCAUGAUGAUUUUGCCUGCAGCUUAGUAGAUGAUGCCUAUUCUGAUGACCUUUCUCAUCAAACAUAUGGAUAUGAAACAACAUCUUUAUCCAUGCUAGCAGAUAAAGAGAUAGAGAAGCACACGAUUGCAGUUGAAAGUUCUGAAACACAUUUCAUUGACAAGUCUGUAAUUCAGGAAAAUACAAUCAUUAAAAAUGAGAACAAGGAUCUAAAAUGUGGCCAUUCCACUCAAAUUAUUACUCAGGACUAUGUUAAUGAUGAUGAUGAUAUUGAUUGGCCAGAGGAAGAUUCUGAUUUAGGAGAACCAAUUAUUUCCAUCGUGAAUGAAGAAGACAUAUCUUUUAGUGAUCUUGAAGAUGACGAUUAUGGCAUUAAGCCUAUUACUUGUAAUACAGGUUCAAAGGUGGCAUAAAGCUUCAAGCCAGAGAACAUGAUUGUGGUCAUUCAGGGCUACUUGAUCCUCACUUAGAAGUAAGAGCAUGAAGGACAGGUGGCUGAUGUUCAGAAAAACUUGACUACCUGUGUCUUUCUUGAGCUUCUUUUGUACAUAGUUGAAUGGUCAACAAGGUUUGGAAGUGUCAAGAUAUGUUACUUGAUAUUAUUUGAGGUUUUGAAUCGAACUUGUAACAUCUAUUACUAUGCAUUUGUUUGCCGCAAGGCUAAA